UGAAGAAAAAAAACAUUGUGCUUUUAAAUUUGUUUUACAAAAAAGAAAAAAGUUAAAAAAAAAAAAAAACCUACAAAGUUACAAACGGACGGGGAUUCGGAGAGUCGGCUGAAGGAAGAAAUUCUGUAAUUCGCCUCUGUUGCAAAAAAAAAAAAAAACUAAAAACUAAAAAACGUGGACGGUAAAUAAUUUGCAUUCGACAGACUUUUCCUUGCGUUCUGGAGACAUGCUGAACGUACGUUUUCUCAUCUCGUUUAUCACCUAAAAAAAUCACAAAAUGCUCGAGAACAGCUCUGUUGCCAACGAGUCUGGCAGCCGGUACCCCGAGGUGCGGCUGUGCGCGUCCACGAUAUCCUUCAUACUCCUUGCCUUCUUCAACGUGGUCAUCAACUUCACCAUUGUGAGCGAGGAGCGGCUCCGUACCCAGGCUAGGUUUGUCCUCAUAUUCCACCUGCUUUUCUCCGGCUUGGUCUAUUUCUGCCUGAGCAGCGCCUUCUAUCUGCAGAAGUACAUGCGUUUCCAAAUCUCCAAAGCGUCCUGCCUGACCCUCAUCACAAUCCUCAUGACCAGCGCCUCCAACAUCCUGCUGACUCUCACCGCCAUGGCGCUGGACCGCUACAUCGCGAUCUGCUUCCCGCUCAAGUACAGCGCCCUGUGCGGGAGGCACCAGCCGUGGCUACUGGGAGCGGCUACCUGGCUCCUGGCCCUGCUUAUCCCGCUUUACCUGGUAACGCAGGACGCACAACCAGACUACCAAGCAAAAUGCACACGAGCCCAAAUGCAAGACGGGCAGCUUUUAAAGAUUUUACUAAUCUCCUGCUGCACUUGCUUGAUUCUGUACAGCUACGCGAAGAUCAUCCAAGAAGGCAGAAGAAUCGGAGUUGUGAACAAGCGCAACCGCAUCGGGAGAAAGACCAUUCUCAUGCACGGUGCGCAGCUGGCUGUCUAUAUCCUGCCGAACUUCGUGCUUUAUUUUACCUAUCUGUUGGCCAGCGCUGGGUACUUGGACAGUAAGACCAGAGACUUGUUCGGAGAGGUCAAUUUUGCCUUCUUCAGUCUCGCCCAGUGCAUCAGUCCUGUGAUCUACGGACUGCGCAAGGAAGACCUGUUGGAACAGCUGUAUCACAAGUUUCCCUGCCUGUCUUGUAACCUCAAGGGGGUUUUGGAGUGGAUGGGACGCACCGCUAGUUUUGGACGCUGUUUCCAUAUCAGGUAACGGCUUUUCCAGGACUGCCGACCCGGGACGGAUAUAGUGAAUAUUCAAACUCUCAGAGAAGGUCAAUCAGUAACAAGAACA